AGCCGGAGCAGUGCAGUGUGUGUGUCCCCGGUCCGGCGGGCGGCAGAGCAUGGUGUGUCCCCCCCGAGCCGGCGGGCGGGCGGCAGAGAGCAGAGCAGGGCGGGCGGUGUGUGUGUUGUUGUGAGAGGAGCUAACAUGGCGGCCGUGCCUGUGUACUGUAUCUGCCGCCUGCCCUACGAUGUCACCCGCUUCAUGAUCGAGUGCGAUGCCUGCAAGGACUGGUUCCACGGCAGCUGUGUUGGCGUAGAUGAAGAUGAGGCCCCUGACAUUGAUAUUUAUCACUGUCCGAACUGUGAAAAGACCCACGGAAAGUCCACUUUGAAAAAGAAAAGAAAUUGGCACAAGCAUGAUACAGGACAGGCUACAGAUGUGAAACCAGUUCAGAAUGGCAGCCAAGUCUUUAUUAAAGAACUGCGGAGUCGAACCUUUCCUAGUGCAGAGGACGUUGUAUCAAAGUUGAAUGCAAGCCAGCUCACACUUGAAUAUAUUGAAGAGACUGGGUUUACUGAACCUAUUUUGGUGCCAAAGAAGGAUGGAUUAGGUCUAUCUGUACCUGCUCCGACAUUCUAUGUCAGCGAUGUGGAAAAUUAUGUUGGUCCAGAGAGAGUGGUUGACGUAACCGAUGUCACGAAACAGAAGGACUGCAAGAUGAAGCUGAAGGAGUUUGUUGAUUAUUACUACAGCACAAAUAGAAAACGAGUCCUUAAUGUCAUCAAUUUGGAAUUCUCAGAUACCAGAAUGUCUAGCUUUGUUGAAGCUCCAGAUAUCGUGAAGAAGCUCUCAUGGGCGGAACAGCAUUGGCCAGAUGACGCCCUUCUGGCAAAACCGAAGGUCAACAAGUAUUGUUUGAUCUGCGUAAAGGAUAGUUAUACUGACUUCCACAUAGAUUCAGGGGGUGCUUCUGCCUGGUACCAUGUACUUAAGGGGGAAAAAAUUUUCUAUCUCAUCAGACCGGCUUCAGCAAACCUUUCUCUGUAUGAACGGUGGCAGUCCGCCUCCAAUCACUGUGAAAUGUUUUUUGCUGAUCAAGUGGACAAAUGUUACAAGUGCACAGUUAAACAAGGACAAACACUAUUUAUUCCAUCAGGUUGGAUUUAUGCAACGCUGACCCCAGUAGACUGCUUAGCAUUCUCCGGUCAUUUCCUGCACAGUCUGAGCUGCGAAAUGCAGAUGAGAGCGUAUGAAUUAGAAAGAAGAUUGAAAAUCGUCAGCUUGACCCAGUUCCCAAACUACGAGACAGCGUGCUGGUACGUGGGAAGACAUCUGCUAGAGAAGUUCAAAGCAUUACAUAAAUCUGGGAAACAGCCAGUACCACACCUUGUUCAAGCGGCCAAAAUUCUGAAUGGUGCAUUUAGGUCGUGGACUAAAAAAAAUGCCUUGCUAGAACAUGAGGAUGAACUUCCGGAACAUUUUAAACCAUCACAACUCAUCAAAGACCUCGCCAAAGAAAUCCGACUAACAGAAAAUGCAUCAAAAACAAACAAGACAGAUGUGAGUGCCAAUGAAAAGAUAGAAGGAAGCAAUGUGGUGGAAAAGUUGGAAAAAGAGGAACCUCCUUCUCCUCCUCCGAUACCAGAUACACCACCCCCUGUGGAUAAACCUGCUAAAAAAAAGACUCCAAAGGGGGAAAAAAUGCCCAAACCACCUAAGCCUCCAAAACCAGGCAAACUCCCCAAAGCAGAAAAACCUCCAAAGGCGGCCAAAGUCCCUAAAAUCCCCAAGCCUCCAAAGGUUCCUAAACCUCCGAAGAAUAAGGAAGGUGGAAAGAAGAAAGCCAAGAAGAUGAAAGAAAUCCCAAUAUCUCUUCCAACCACUCCUGAUCUCGACCUCCUAGAGGCUCACACCAAGGAUGCACUUGUUAAAGUUGACACUCCAAAGAAAGGGACAACACCUAAAGAGGAGAUAACUGCUCCAAUCAAGGGAGACACUCCAAAACAAAAUGACAUUGAGAAAUUUGAAAUCCGGGAGCAGAAUAAACCCAAAACUGAAGCCAAAUGGAAAUACAAGAACAGCAAACCCGAUUCUUUAUUAAAAAUGGAAGAAGAGCACAGAGUACAAAAGACUCCAUUUUCUGCAAAUAAGGACAAUAAAUUCAAAUUCUCUUUCAACAAAAAGCCAUUUGGGACCAAGGGAAUCAAGUCUCAGAAUAGCCCAAGUAUUUUUGGAUCCCUACAGAAUUUUAAAGAAGACAAAACCAAGCCGAUCAGAGAUGAAUAUGAAUAUGUGUCAGAUGAGGGAGAGCUAAAAAUUGACGAGUUCCCCAUCAGAAGAAAGAAAUUGACUCCAAAGCGAGACCUGUCAUUUGUAUCAGACACUCCUCAGCCUCUCCCAGCGAAGAAAGCCAAAGUUCAAGAGAAGAAGUAUAAGAGCGAUGACUCUUCUGAUGAAGGUUCUCUGCACAUUGACACAGAAGCUAAACCCCCACGCAAUUCCAAAGUCAAGAAGGAUAGUGGGAGUUCAGCAGGGAUUUUAGACCUCUUACAAGCAAGCAAAGAAGUUGGUGGAUUGGAUUAUAAUGCAAAUAGUCAACCUCCGGCAUCUCCAAGCACACAAGAAGCAAUUCAGGGUAUGUUGUCAAUGGCAAACUUGCCUUCAGAUUCCUGCCUACAAACCUCAUGGAGUACAAACCAGUCCAAGAACAAUUCCAUAUCAGCUCAAAAUUCUAAGAAAUCUGUCACCAACAAGCGGGGGGCUAAAAGAGCAACCAAGAAAGCAUCAAAGAAUGACAUUUCGGUGGAUGACUAUGACGAGGAGCAAGACAACCUGGGAGCAUGUUUUAAGGAUUCAGAUUUUGUUUACCCAUCACUCGAAUCAGAUGAAGAUAACCCCGUUUUCAAAUCACGGUCAAGGAAGCGAAAAAGUUCUGAUGAUGCCCCUUAUAGUCCCACAGCAAGAGUUGUGCCCUCCACACCUCGGCAAGACAGACCUGUUCGGGAAGGUACCAGAGUGGCUUCUAUUGAAACUGGACUGGCAGCAGCUGCUGCAAAGCUAUCACAACAGGAGGAACAAAAAAGCAAGAAGAAAAAGAGUGCAAAAAAGAAGCUCUCACCCAACCACACAAAUAAUGUUUCUCAGGAAUGCAGUUCUCCUGAAGCUCCAAAGUUGGACUCCCUGAGCAGUAGCCUAACAGAUCAUGAGUACACAGCAGGUGCAAGCACGUUUGGCUUAGCCCAAGUUAACAGAGGGACGCAGCCUAUGGCUCCUGGGGUGUUCCUCACACAAAGGAGACCGUCGGUGUCUUCCCAGAAUAACGCUGCUGCCAAAGGAAAACGAACAAAAAAAGGCAUGGCAACCGCAAAACAGAGGCUUGGGAAGAUUUUGAAAAUCCAUCGGAAUGGGAAACUUCUUCUUUAGUUUAUGGGAAGCUGGAACUUUUAUAUGGGCUCAGUAACUGUGGCGUUGACACUAAUUUCCGAACUCUUGAAGGACUGCAGUAGCACUCUGCGAACGUGUUAGGUGAAGACCAUACCUUACAGUACCUUUUUCACACCACUUUAAUAAUUCUUUUUAACUUCCAGCAGUCAACCUGUACAGAAUACUGCUUUCAAUAUUUUGUAAUAUAAAUGUCCUUUCUCAAAUUGCUGAGAGUGACUAAGUUUGCAGGAAAGCAAGAAAGUAAGUGGAUCAUUCCAGUUUUAGGAAAGUAUCCUUUAAAGGUGAUUGGCGAGAGAAUAAAAAAAAAUACAUUGCUUUCUUUUUUUAUUGCAUUAUAAAUAUAUACUGUAUUACACCUUAAUUUGUAAAACGCACUGUACCUGAUCAAGAAGCAUUUAAUUUGUCUUUCUGUUGUGUUGGGGCUUUGAAUAAUUCAUGGUGUUCUCUGUAUUCAUGUACUUUAAAGAAAACUUGCUACAUAUCAGCCAGCUUACUAUUCCCCCCCCAUUACUUCUUGAAGACAUUUAGGUUUGAAAUUAAGACGCAAAGACACAUCACCCCUCCUUGGCAAAGGAAUGUUGUUUGUUGUGACCACAUACAUAUAUAUAUAUAUAUAUAUAUUCUGUUGUACUUUGCAGUAGCACAUACAGGGUCUUGAAAUCUGGUGCAAACAAAUGAGCUACAAUUUUAGUCACUGGUUUUAAAAAAAAAUAUGAAUCCUGC